ACCCCUUAAUCUCAAUAAAACGAGGGCAGCAUAUUGCUCUUUUUUGGUUUCAGUGAGGACCAGUUAUAUAAGUUGGUUGGUUCUAACAGUUGCAAUAGCAAGAGUUGGGAAUCUCUCUUCAAAAGACGCCGUAAAAGUAAUCUUGUCUUCAUUAAAAGGGAAAACAGUUGAUAAGAAAAUCUGUUAGGUGUAGUUGAUAUGUCAGUGGCUACCUAGCACAUACAGGUGUGAAGCAGGUAUGGCCUGUGUAACCCUGAGUGUUUGCCAGCUUGUGUUGUGAUGGUACCACAGCCAUCUGUGUCAGCAACAACAACAACAGCAGCAGCAGUAGUAGCAGCAAACAACUGCAUGUAUACGCUUGUUGGUGUUAGCAGUGUUAUUGUUAGUUGCUUUGUGGACAUAGCAGAGAGAGAGAGAAACAUUGUGACACUUUAUGUACACUGCACUAAGUGUAGUAGUAGUAGUAGUAGUAAUGGUGGUGGUGGUGGUGGUGGCAUUUCUAGGAUUGGCAAUAAUGCUCUAGCAAAGUUAUGAUGUGUCACAAUAACUGCAGAUAUGGUUUACAACUGGCAGAAUUAUACAUCUGCUACUACUGGAACUACUGACAAGUUAGUUGGUUUUUUUUUUUUCCAGUUCUCAUUGCUUAUAGUGUUUGUGAGUGUGUGUGUGUGUGUGCUACAAACACUAGCUCUACUAUUACUACUACUACUACUAUUGGCUGUAGUCUAACUACUGCUUCCAUCAGAGCCAGCACUAGUAUUUAUUGCCUUUAGUAUAUUACUGUGUCUGCUGUAAGUGUUUAUAUGUGAAACUGUCAGUGUGUAGCAAUAGUAAGACCAGCAGCAGCAGAAACGAAGUAUUCACCAUACACACGCCUACUAGAUUCAAGCGAAAUGAGCGAAGAUUUCAGAUGAGGCCUUUGUUUAUAUAUCUCCUUCUUACUGGCUCUUCUAUUGCCUUGGUGUGCAGGUAGCUUGCCAAGUAGAAUGUAUGAUUGCCAGAGGAGAGAAUGACGGACCAGCUCACAGACCUCACUGACAUUUACUACCACCACAACACAAACUAGAAGAUUGGCUCUCAGCUACAGCCAUUUGUUGACCUAAUAGCUUUAUUCAGUGUCCUGGACACAUUGCAUUUACUGUACACUGAAUCAUUGACCUGACCUGACCUCACUUUAUACAACAAGCUACAUGUUUUCUGCAUGCAACAAGACAUACGAUACAGAUAAAUACGUAUAUAUUUACACACACAGACACGCGCGCGGACACAUACACACACACGCACACACACACACACACAUACACACGCACACUCACACAUACAUAUGCACAUAUACAAAAUGCGAGCUUGAUUUCCUCCAAUUUGAUAUCGAAUCAGUAUUAGAAGUAAGCCAAGUACAUUGUGAUAUAAUUGUGAUGUGACCUGUCCUACUUUCACCUGACAUAAAAAGCAUAUUAUAACUUGCUACAUGUUAUGCAACAGCUAUAAAAAAAAAACGUCUUGGGACAUUUGACCUGAUCUGACCUAACAAUGCAGCAAAUUAUAAGUAAAUUAAACACAGCAACGUAGCAAUUUAUAGCACAUUGUUAUAUUUAACCGAAGGCAGGGUAAAAAGAGAGAGAGGGAGAGAGAGAAAGAGUGUGUGUGUGCGCGCGCGGGCUGUAAAGAUAUGUGACCUGACUCGACCUGACCUAAAAAUGCAAUACUUUAUGUUGUACCAACACCUUUGUAACAUGCACUGACAAGCAAUAUACCAUCCACACGCAUCUAAUAUUACAAACUAACAAGUCAAUUAUUGCUGUAAGCUGUACAAAAUCUUGGAGACCAACAGAAGGGUGCCAAUGAAAAUAACUGAAUAUACACCAGAGUGAACAUUGAAGGAAGAAAUGUUGUGAACAAUUUAUAAUCUUCAGGAAGCAUGAAUUCUUCCCACCAUGGCUACGUGCUUGUCAGAAAUUUUACAAAGUUUUUAUCCAGUAUUUUUCCUGUUGAUAUCCAAGAUGAAGCCAUAGAGGGUCCAUAGAAACCCUGAUACUUUAAUUUAAUGUGCAUUGAACACAAUUGGACAUAUAUUAUGAAACCUCAUGUGGAAUACAGCUGACUUGGAUUGCAGCAUACAUGGCUCAUCAUGCCACCUCCAAAGAAACCCAAAACUGGUCCAACUACAGCUGAGCAGUUCCUCACUAAAGAGGAGCUGAAAUGCUUUCAAGCUGAAUCCUCUAAUAUACAACAGAAAAUUACCUCAGGAAAACCAGAAACUGUUAGUAGUGAUGAGGUGUGUGAACCAUUCAGUGCUGACAGCAGCAGUGAGCUUGACCAUUUAGCCAGUCGUAGUAGUAAAAGAGUCUGUGAUGAUGGCUUAGUGCAGCAACAGUUAACUGGUAGCUCUUCUGAUACAAGUGAAUACAGUUCAGUGUCAAAUGUGUUGGCACCAGAUAUUGAUCCUUGUGGUCGGAAUGACUUAACUGGGAGCAAUGGCAAUAACAGUAGUAAUAGUAGUAGUAGUAGUUGUAGCUCAUCAGCUGUUGUUCCCAGUAGCAGUCCAACAAACAAUGAACAUCAGCAGGUGAAAUCUGAAGCUGUCCUCACUCAACAGACUCAAUCAGCAACAGUAACACAUCCAGAAUAUUCUAUCCAUGAGUCAUCAGUUUCCAACUACCAGAUAUUACGACGUCUUUUUGCCCAUGCAAAAUCACCAAAAUCUACCUCAGAGCCAUCAGCUGUUGAUCACCUUCCACCAUCCGGUAGCAAUACCACUAUCACAAGCUAUAAAGAUGAACCUUCUGAACAAGCAGCGACAUCAACAACGUCUGUAGAUGUCACUGAAGUGGCAGUGAGCAAGGGAGGUAACUCUUCAAAAACUUUGACUUCUACAGACAGUGUCUCAACUAAAAGAGACUCAAAUAUUUCUAAUAAGAAUAGUGCAGGGAUUUUACAAGCGACUCGUAAGAGUUAUCUUUCAUCAUAUAUCAAUCAGACACCAAAGCUAUCUCGCUUGACCGAAGAGCCCUCAGCUGGUAGCCAGACUGUACAGCGCCACCUGGCUGCCAGCUUCUUGCAGGAACAACCAUUUGACCUCACUCUAAAAUGUAAGGACACCCAAUUUAAUGGUGCAAUUGUUGAUCCACUUAAACAUUUUAUUUCUAAAUCAUCUUCUCGUAUUGAUUCCAAUUUUGAACAUUUAUCCUCCGCUUCAGAAAACUACCUCAGACAUUGUGAACAACAACAACAACAACAACAACAACAACAACAAUCACAACAAGCAACACAACUGCAAACACAACCCCAACAACAGAAACCUCCAGCUCCACCGCAGUCUCUCCCUUCAUCAGCACGACACCUCCCACAGCAACAAAAGAAAGUUAAGCUGGAGAGAGAACCUUAUGUAAUAUCUACAAAUUCUGGAGAGAGUGGUGGUUCACGAACUGAAAUGAGCGAAAUGCUUGUGAAACGUGAGGAGAGUAGGCAGGAAGAAGAUGGUAGUCAUCAUGUUAUAUCUAUUUUGACAGGGAAUACAACAGUGCCAAGCACUGAACCAUUGAUGUUUUUUAAUGUUAUCAAACCUAAAACAACAGGGUGGAAGAAACCAUUGGCGAGAGGGAUUCACCACCCACAGACAGACGAAGGGCUGGUGCCAUGCCUACAGGGUGGUGAGUAUGAAAAGAAGAUGGAUCCCAAAAAAGAGAUGAUCGAUAAGCAGGUAACAGCGGCAGAUGACAUCAAGAUGCUCUCACCUGAUAGGUGUGCUCACAUCCAUGGAUCUACUGGCCAUGCUGCCACAGCAGCUUCUUCAUCUUCAGGCCAUUCUGCCACAACAUCCUCCUCCACCACCACUUCCUCCUCCACCUCAUCGUCAUCAUCAUCAUCAUCAUCGUCAUCGUCAUCAUCAUCUUCAUCAUCAGCUAAUCCUCAAACACCCACAUCAACUACUCUGGAAAUGGCUGACAUGCAAACUGCUGGCGAAAGUGGAGGAGUACAAUUGGCCACGACUGCAGCUGGAGACACAGCUCUACUAACUGCUGACUUUAAGAAAAAAUAUGAUAGUGUUGUUGCAGUCCUCCAUAGGCCGAUGACAAAUCCAAAAAGUAGUAGCACGGGUAACACUACCAGGUUAUGUCAGGUGUGUGAUGACAAUGCUUCAGGAUUUCAUUAUGGUGUAUGGUCUUGUGAAGGUUGUAAAGCUUUCUUUAAACGAAGUAUUCAAGGUCCAGUUGAUUAUGUGUGUCCUGCCACUAACAGCUGUACAAUUGAUAAACAUCGACGUAAGAGUUGCCAAGCUUGUCGCUUACGCAAAUGUUAUGAAGUGGGCAUGAAUAAAGGUAGCCAAAGGAAGGAGAGAAAAAACAGUUCCAACCAAACUAAAGUAAAACGAAGCAGUGCCGACUUCUCAGAUUCAACAGUGAAUUCAACCAGUGGAAACCAACCAGCAAAGAGUCAGCGUUUAUCAAAGUCUUCCUCUUUGGUUGAAGAACUCUCCAAGAAUGAUUUUGCCGUCCCUGAAUGCAAGCUGAAUCCCAGUAUUCCUCUGACCAAAAAUUAUAUUUUACAGCUUCUGAUCCAGGUUGCAGAUAAAGAUUUAGUUCAGUUGAUAAACUGGGCCAAACACAUACCUGGUUAUGCUGAUUUAUCUUUGUCUGACCAAGUACAUCUUAUAGAAUGCUGUUGGAUGGAGUUAGUGUUACUUAACUGUGCAUAUCGUUCCAUGGAAUAUGAGGGAAAACGGCUUGCCUUUGCCUCAAAUCUAAUCUUAGAAAAGCACCACUGGGAGAUUCUAGGAAUGACCCAGAUCUUGGAACAAGUAGCAGCUGUUAGUGAGCAACUUUUACAGUUUGGUAUUAAUCGAGAAGAAUUGUUAUUACUUGAAGCUACUAUCUUAGUAAAUGCAGGUAUGUUGGUGACUUUACAUGAUUACUAACUCAGAACCAAUCCAUUUUAUUACAUUAUUAAUGUAAUUUACCUGACAUACAUGUGGCCUACUGUCUGAUGUGUGUUGUACAUUACAGACAUAUUGUACACCUCAAAUGUGCCAUAAAAAUGCCUGUCAGACAAUGUAUUAUGUAUGUGAGAUAUACUGUAUGACACAUCAGACAUACUAUAUGACGCAUCAGACAUACUGUUCACACAUCACUCAUGUGUCAUAUAGUAUGUCUAAUGUAUGUCCUACACUAUGCCUGAUGUGUUGUACAGUAUCUUUGAUAUGUGUCCUACAGUAUGUUUGAUGUGUUUGUGCAGUCUGUCUGGUGUGU